CUGCAUGAAGUCGAACAUGGUUUUGUUUGCUUACAAGGCAUUUGUUUUGUUCAGUGACUUUGAAUUUAAUAUGAUAUAUAAAUAGAUACAAUCAUUGAUCGUAGUUCAAAUUAUUUUUAAUGCAACGACAAAGCUAAGCGUUGUGAAAUUUCUCCUGGCUAGUUUACGGCAAGCGUAUCUGUAUCCUAGCAACCGAGCGCACAUUCAGUGCCGUUAGCUAGCUGCUGUGCUACAGACAGGGAUUUUACAUAAUUUCAACGAGCAUUCUGAAUUUUAGUUCUUCUGUGAAGCAGAUUAUGGAGAACGUGCAUCUUGCCCCAGAAGAAGAGGAAGAUGAUCUCUAUACAGGCUACAAUGACUACAAUCCCACGUUUGACUCAGAUGAUCUUCACAAUGAUGUGGCCUUUCAGCAGGCAGUAAGGACUAGUCAUGGAAGAAGACCACUUAUGACAGCAAAAUACCCUGGCACUGCUAUUGGAGGGCGACCAAUUGGAACAGCUUUUGGAUCUCGAAUGCCUAUUGGCACUGCAAUGGGAAGACCAAUGACUGGAGCUGUUCAGGAUGGUGCGGCUCGUCCCAUGACUGCAGUGAGGGCAGCAGGAUACUCAUCAUCACUGGCUAAAGGCUCACUGUUUGAUCCCCUGGGUCAAUCAAAAGGUCCAGCACCUCCCCUGGAGACAAAGAAUGUAGACACUCCAGAGGAGAAGAUAAAGAUCAUGGAGAAGAAGGUGAAUGAUUUGAUAGAGGAGAGCUGUCUCGCGCAUGCACGUGGAGAUCUACAGCUGUCUCUAGAGAAGGCCAAAGAGGCGGGCAGGAAGGAAAGAGCGCUGGUGAGGCAGAGAGAACAAACGGGCACUGCAGACCACAUCAAUCUGGAUCUGACAUACUCAGUGCUGUUUAAUUUGGCAAACCAGUAUGGCAAUAAUGACAUGUACACAGAGGCCUUGAACACCUAUCAAGUUAUUGUAAAAAAUAAAAUGUUCAAUAAUGCUGGACGAUUAAAGGUAAACAUGGCAAAUAUCUAUUUCAAGCAAAAAAACUACACAAAAGCCAUCAAGUUUUACCGCAUGGCUUUAGAUCAGAUCUCAAAUGCCCACAAUGCAAUGAGGAUCAAGAUCAUGCAGAACAUUGGAGUUGUGUUUACACACAUGGGCCAGUACUCGGAUGCGAUCACCUCUUUCGAGUACAUCAUGAGUGAGAGCCCCAAUAUAAAGACAGGUUUUAACCUCAUCCUGUGCUAUUAUGCCAUUGGAGACCGUGAGAAGAUGAAGAAGGCUUUCCAGAAACUCAUUUGCGUGCCUCUUGGUAUCGAUGAUGAAGACAAGUAUAUCCCUCCAAAUGAUGAACCUCAUGCAAACAUGGUGAUUGAGGCCAUAAAGAAUGAUAAGCUUCACCAAAUGGAAAGGGAAAGGAAAGCACUAGCAGAAAAAUACAUCAUGACCUCAGCUAAGCUUAUUGCCCCGGCCAUAGAGACAUCAUUUGCGGCUGGCUUUGACUGGUGUGUAGAUAUGGUAAAGGGUUCACAAUAUGUGGAGUUGGCAAAUGACUUGGAGAUCAACAAAGCUAUUACUUACCUAAGACAGAGGGACUUUAAACAGGCAGUCGAGACCCUAAAGAUGUUUGAGAAAAAGGACAGUCGGGUUAAAAGCGCUGCAGCCACUAACCUUUCCUUUCUUUAUUUUUUGGAGAAGGAUUUUGACCAGGCUGACCGCUAUGCUGAGUUGGCUAUGAGUGCUGACCGCUACAACCCUGCUGCCCUCAUUAACAAGGGCAACACAGUGUUUGUAAAGGAGGACUAUGAGAAAGCAGCAGAAUUUUAUAAGGAAGCUCUUCGUAAUGAUUCGUCCUGCACUGAGGCUCUCUAUAACUUAGGUUUGACCUAUAAGAGACUGGGUAGGCUGGAGGAAGCACUGGACUGUUUCCACAAGCUGCACGCUAUCCUCAGAAACAGCGCUCAAGUCAUGUACCAGUUGGCUAGUCUAUAUGAGAUGUUGGAGGACCCUCACCAGGCCAUUGAUUGGUUGAUGCAGCUCACCAGUGUGACCCCCACAGAUGCCCAGGUGCUGGCCAAACUGGGAGAUCUCUAUGACAAUGAGGGGGAUAAAUCACAGGCUUUCCAGUACUAUUAUGAGUCAUACAGGUAUUUUCCUUCAAACAUUAGUGUCAUUGAAUGGUUGGGGGCAUAUUACAUUGACACCCAGUUCUGUGAGAAAGCUAUUCAGUAUUUUGAGAGAGCUACACUCAUUCAACCAACACAGGUAAAGUGGCAGCUGAUGGUGGCCAGCUGUUACAGGAGAAGUGGAAAUUAUCAGAAAGCACUUGAGACUUACAAGGACAUUCAUCGGAAAUUUCCAGAAAACGUUGAAUGUCUGCGCUUUUUGGUAAGGCUGUGCACAGAUAUGGGAUUAAAGGAGGUGCAGGAGUAUGCCACCAAACUCAAGAAAGUCGAGAAAAUGAAAGAGAUCAAAGAACAGAGAGUGAGAUCUGGGAGGGAGAGCAGUGCUCGGAGUCGGAGAGAAGGUAGUGCUGGCAGUGGGAGCAGCUCAAGCCCCAUCAAUACUCCUCCUCUGAGAACCAGUGCUUCUCGCUCUGAAGCUAAAUAUAGUCCUGUACUGGAACAGGGCAGAGACAGUGGACAGAGCAGCCAUGGCACCAGUGCCAAGGGUGAGCGGCUGAGUGUUAAGCUAAAGACGCUUCCAGGGUCCAAUGAGCCAUAUGAGGCCAGCACUCAGGAAAUAGAUGCUUCUUAUGUUGAUCCGCUUGGACCUCAAAUGCAGAGACCAAAGACUGCAGCAAGGAAACGUAAUGAGGAAGAUGAGUUUGCUGAUGAAGAGCUGGGAGACGACUUACUGCCUGAAUGAAAUCAAUUUUAAAAAUUAUUUGUGUGUAAUAUUGUCUGUUUAAUGUCCAGUACUACAAUAUAUUUCCACUAAUGCUAAAAUUGUAUUUAGCAGCUCAAAAAGUUGUUAACAAAUAUUUUUUUGUUUCAAAUAAUAUGCUUUCAUUUUAUUUCUUAAUUUACUAUUUAGCAGUUUUUGAUAUUGUAUUUUAAAAUAUGUUUAUUGUCCGCUUUAAUUUAUUUCAUAAUAAACAUUCUAAAUAUUUUAUUGAUUGAAAUGUAAAGAUAUCAACUUUUGAUUAACUACACUAUAAAAUAAAGAGAUUAGUAAUAUGCA